AAGAAAAUGAGUGCUAUGGAUUGUGACAUCUUCAAUGAACUGAGACUGAAUGGUAAACUCUGUGAUGUGAUUAUCAAAGUUGAUGGACAAGAGUUCAAAGCUCAUAAGAACAUCAUGUGUAGCUGCAGCUCUUACUUUAGGGCUUUGUUUGCUGGUGCUUGGAGCAAUGCAGAGAAGAGGAUAUACAACAUUCCUGGGGUUUCUCCAGAAAUGAUGAAUGUGAUCAUUGAAUAUGCUUACACUAGAACAGUAUCUGUCACAGCUGACAAUGUGGUUCAGCUGCUGGCUACCGCAGUUCAUUUCAGCGUGACAGGCAUUGUGAAGGCCUGCUGUAACUUUCUCGAGUCUCAGCUCUGCUCAGAGAACUGUAUUGGAAUUUGGAAACUUGUAGACUGUUACUACUGCCCUGAACUGAAAUAUAAGGUCCAGCUGUUCAUUCUUCACCACUUUGAGGAAAUGGUAAAACUUUCUGAAGAGUUUUUAUUGCUUCCAGCUUCUAAAUUUGGAGACAUAAUUGAGAAAGAUGAGUUAAAUGUUAAACAAGAGAAUGUGGUCUUUGAAGCCAUUAUAAAGUGGGUUGCCUGUGACCCACAUGAACGGAGGAAGUUUAUUCCACUUUUGCUUUCAAAGGUACGACUGGCACUACUCGAUGCUGCAUAUUUCAUGAGCAAUGUCAAAAAUAAUGACUAUGUGAAAGGCAAUGAUGAGUGUGAAUCUAUUAUCAUAAAUGCCGAACAAGUCAUGUAUGAUCUCAGCAUAAGAGGAUCUUAUUAUCAAGAUUUCAGUAACCCACUAACAAGGCCUCGACUACCAUAUACAAUCAUCUUUGCUUUUGGUGGAUCAAGUGAAAGUAGGGCAGUAAGUUUCAUCGAAUCCUAUGAUGCUCGUGCCAACAGGUGGAUGGAUGUCAGCUGUGAAGGAGAACACCCUUGCGCAUACCAUGGUGCAGUGUACUUAAAGGGAUGUAUGUAUAUCAUUGGCGGAUAUGAUGGGCUGGAAUACUUCAGCACUGUCAGAUGUUUUGACCCUGUCAAAAAGGCAUGGCAUCAAGUUGCCCCUAUGCAUUCAAGGCGCUGUUAUGUUAGUGUCACUGUACAGAAUAACUUAAUUUAUGCCAUAGGAGGAUUUGAUGGUAGUACUCGCCUCAGUACCGCAGAGAGAUACGAUCCAGAAACCAACCAGUGGACUUUGAUUUCCUCCAUGCAUGAACAGAGAAGUGAUGCAGGUGCCACAACACUACAUGGAAAGGUGUAUGUAUGUGGAGGCUUCACUGGGAUUGAGUGCUUAUUCACAGCUGAAACAUACAAUUCAGAAACCAACCAAUGGACUUUGAUUGCACCAAUGAGAAGCAGACGAAGUGGGCUAGGAGUGACUGUAUAUGGAAAAUAUGUGUAUGCGGUUGGAGGUUUUGAUGGAAUUAAUCGACUUCAUAGUGUGGAGGCCUAUGAUCCCCUUACUAAUACUUGGCAUUCUACCUCUAACAUGCUCACCCCUCGUAGCAACUUUGGAAUUGAGGUGGUAGAUGACCUGCUGUUUGUUGUAGGUGGCUUUAGUGGUCUUAGAACCACUUACAGAGUUGAAUGCUAUAAUGAGAAGACUGAUGAAUGGCAUGAAGCCCAUAACAUGAACAUCAACCGCAGUGCUUUGAGCUGCUGUGCCAUUUCAGGUUUGCCAAAUGUUACAGAAUAUGCAGUACCGAGGGACAGCAAUGAGAUAUAAUGUAAACAGAAAUGUACCGAGGGACAGCAAUGAGAUAUAAUGUCAACAAAAAUGUACCGAGGGACAGCAAUGAGAUAUAAUGUCAGCAGAAAUGAAGUCUUCAAG